CAGAGAAAGGAACAAAAGGGAUAUACAUCUCCAUGUGAAGUUAUGCAAAGCCUGAAGCUCUUCUUUAGUUGCUUGGCUGCAAUCCUCCAGAGGACCAGAAAGGGGACCUUGUAAACGCCUCCAAACUCUGCACUUUCUUCACCACCUGCCUUGGAAUGGAUACUGGAGUAGACUGGAAAUCUUGACAGAAAAGCGACAGGGAAGAGAACCAUGGUUUGUCCCCUUCAGAAGACCACUGAUCAAUUUCCCCUUUCACUAUUGGCCCUUUGAAGGUUAUUCCUCUCCCCUCUCCAGAGUUCAAUGUGGAACCAGUCUCCAAGCCAGCAAAGCUAAGAGGUUUUGAUGACAAGAGUCCCUGAUCUCCAUGGGGCUUUAGGUUGGAAGGGUUGAGUUUCAAGGGGUCUUUGGCAAUGAUUGGGAAGAACUGGGGAUCUUUGUGCAUGGAGCAUCUCUCCUUCUGUCUAUUCCUGAGUGUCUGCUGUGACUGGUGGUAUCAUCCAGUCAGCUCAGCUAAACCAAAAGGUCAAGGACACCCCCACAUGAACUCUAUCCGUCUUGAUGGGGAUAUCACCCUUGGAGGCCUCUUCCCUGUCCAUGGGAGGGGCUCCGAGGGCAAGGCAUGUGGUGAGCUGAAGAAAGAGAAGGGGAUUCACCGCCUAGAGGCUAUGCUUUUUGCUCUGGAUCGUAUCAACAACGAUCCUGACUUACUCCCCAAUAUCACCUUGGGAGCUCGCAUCCUUGACACCUGCUCUCGAGAUACCCAUGCCUUGGAACAGUCCCUCACCUUUGUCCAGGCCUUGAUUGAGAAGGACAGCACAGAGGUGCGCUGUGUCAAUGGUGGGCCACCUAUCAUCACCAAGCCAGAGCGUGUGGUUGGGGUGAUUGGCGCUUCCGGCAGCUCCGUCUCCAUUAUGGUGGCCAACAUAUUGCGCCUCUUCAAGAUUCCCCAGAUAAGCUAUGCUUCCACUGCCCCUGACCUGAGUGACAACAGCAGAUAUGAUUUCUUUUCCCGUGUUGUCCCCUCGGACACCUACCAAGCCCAGGCCAUGGUGGAUAUUGUCAAAGCAUUCAAGUGGAAUUAUGUUUCAACCUUAGCCUCUGAAGGCAGCUAUGGUGAGAGUGGAGUGGAGGCCUUCAUCCAGAAAUCCAGAGAGAAUGGGAGUGUGUGUGUGGCACAAUCAGUCAAGAUCCCCCGGGAGCCCAAGGCAGGAGAGUUUGAUAAGAUCAUUCGGCGCCUCCUGGAAACAUCCCAUGCCCGAGCCGUCAUCAUUUUUGCUAAUGAAGAUGAUAUCAAGAAUGUGUUGAUGGCAGCAAAGAGGGCCAAUCAGACUGGACACUUCAUCUGGAUUGGCUCUGACAGCUGGGGUUCCAAAAUUGCUCCCGUGAGAGAUCUAGAAGAGGUGGCUGAAGGAACCGUCACCAUCUUGCCCAAGAGGGCAUCUGUUAGAGGUUUUGACCGCUAUUUCUCCAGCAGGACCCUGGACAAUAACCGUCGUAACAUUUGGUUUGCUGAAUUUUGGGAGGACAACUUCCACUGCAAGCUGAGCCGCCAUGCUCUCAAGAAGGGCAGCGCCUUCAAGAAGUGCACAAAUCGUGAGCGGAUUGGCCAGGACUCUGCCUAUGAGCAGGAAGGAAAGGUGCAGUUUGUCAUCGAUGCUGUCUAUGCCAUGGGCCAUGCGCUUCACAACAUGCACAAGAACUUGUGCCCUGGGAAGAUUGGCCUCUGCCCCAGGAUGGACCCAGUAGAUGGUGCAGAGCUUCUCAAGUACAUCCGUAGCGUCAAUUUCUCAGGUAUUGCUGGGACCCCUGUGACAUUCAAUGAGAAUGGAGAUGCCCCAGGCCGCUAUGACAUCUACCAGUACCAGAUCAAGAACACCACACCUGAGUACAAAGUUAUUGGGCACUGGGCUGAUCAUCUGAACUUAAAAAUGGAACGCCUGCAUUGGCCUGGGGGAGGCAACCGUGUGCCCACCUCAAUCUGCAGCCAGCCAUGCAGGCCGGGUGAAAGGAAGAAGCUGGUGAAGGGCAUCCCGUGCUGCUGGCACUGUGAGCGCUGCGAUGGGUACCAGUAUCAGCAGGACGAGUUCCACUGUAAGGUGUGCCGGCUCAGCGAGCGCCCCAACGAAAACCACACUGGCUGCAUCCCCAUCCCCAUCGUCAAGCUUGAGUGGAGCUCCCCUUGGGCUGUGGUGCCCGUUUUCAUUGCCAUUGUGGGCAUCAUUGCCACCCUCUUUGUGGUGGUGACAUUUGUGCGCUACAAUGACACACCCAUCGUCAAGGCCUCAGGGCGAGAGCUCAGCUAUGUGCUCCUGACGGGCAUCUUCCUCUGCUAUGCCACCACUUUCCUGAUGAUUGCAGAGCCUGACUUGGGAAUCUGCUCCCUGCGGCGUGUCUUCCUGGGGCUGGGCAUGAGCAUCAGCUACGCUGCCUUGCUGACCAAAACCAACCGCAUCUACCGCAUCUUUGAGCAGGGCAAAAAGUCGGUCAGUGCCCCGCGCUUCAUCAGUCCUGCUUCUCAACUGGUCAUCACGUUCAGCCUCAUCUCUCUGCAGCUGCUGGGGGUCUGCAUCUGGUUCAUUGUGGACCCCUCACACUCCAUCAUCGACUAUGAGGACCAACGGACUACGGACCCCCGCUUUGCCCGGGGGGUUCUCAAGUGUGACAUUUCUGACCUCUCCCUCAUCUGUUUGCUUGGGUACAGCAUGCUGCUCAUGGUGACCUGCACUGUGUAUGCUAUAAAGACCCGUGGGGUUCCUGAGACCUUUAAUGAAGCCAAGCCCAUUGGGUUCACCAUGUACACUACCUGCAUCGUCUGGUUAGCUUUCAUUCCUAUCUUCUUUGGGACAUCACAGUCGGCAGAGAAGAUGUACAUUCAGACCACGACGUUGACCAUCUCGGUGAGCCUAAGCGCCUCUGUCUCAUUGGGUAUGCUCUACAUGCCCAAAGUCUACAUCAUCCUCUUCCACCCAGAGCAAAAUGUGCCCAAACGAAAGCGCAGCCUCAAGGCAGUUGUGACAGCAGCCACAAUGUCCAACAAAUUUACUCAGAAAGGAGGCUUCCGCCCCAAUGGAGAGGCCAAAUCGGAACUGUGUGAAAAUCUGGAAACACAAGCUCUGGCUACCAAACAGACUUAUGUCAGCUAUAGCAACCACGCAAUUUAAAACCAGCCAGUGGCAACUGGCCACAGGAAAAGGGCUGCUGAAGAGGAGGAACAAGAAAGUGGAGUUGAGCCCCUCAGCACAGAUGACGUCAUGGUGGUGAAGAGGGUGCAAGAAAAAAAUGUGAUUCCAAGAACUCAUCAAGGGUGCCUGUUUCUGAUAGCUGGGCUGCUGGAGGCAGUUCUUUUGGAAGGUGGCCGCCAACAGUAGUGGGAAGAACCAAUCAACCCACCCCACGUGAAAUAUUUGCCUUCCAUUGGAGGGAGAGGCCAAUGGGGUUGAACAUCACACCAGGUGGAAAGAAGGUGACAGACCUUUAGCAACUUUUUGGGUUUUUUUUAAAUUCCUGUAUCUUGGCAAAAGAAAAAAAAUCCCUUUUAUUCUUCCCCCCUUCAAAAUAGUGAGAUGGUUUGUGGUUGUGAAGAGUCUUUCGUUCUCUCUCUCAUUUUUUUUAAUUUUUUUUUUCCCUUUUCCAUUCCUGUCUUCUGACCUCUUCACUCUUUUCCCACCUUGCUUUCCCUUCUGUCUUCCCUCUCUCCUCCUUAUCAAAUUCUGUGUUGCAAAAAUAAUAAAAAUUCCUUGAAAAAAAAGCAACAACCAUCAACAACAACAACAAAAGUGAAAACAAAACCUAGACUGUGUUCAAAGUGCUGAUUUCUAUAGGUGGUAAAUUAAUGUAUGUGAUGAUCAUAUGGAUUGAAAUAUGUCUGCUUUAAUGUACUGACCAAUCAAAAAAAGAUAAAAAA